AGUCAAAAACAAAAAUUCCGCGAGAGCGCAUUAAAUAAUGAACACAAGCGGUUACUUGACAAAUAGCGGAUAAAGAGCACCAAUGCAGAGCCACUUAAAUAAUUUUCAUAAAGUGAAAGAAAAUAUCUGUUGCGAAUACAGUAUAAACAUUUAAAAUUUUAUUUUCAUUACUCUAAGAAUUUAACGGUAAAAGUGCAUAAACGACGUAAUAUGCGACGAAGUGCAUAAAUUAAAAGCAAUUGCAGAAUUAGCUGCAAUGUGAACAAUAAAAAAGUUAAUGGAGCAUAGUAGAAUAGAUGUAAAAAAUCUGUGCGCAACUAGAACCAAAGUGCAAUAAACAUAAUAGAGAUAAAUAAAGUGAAAAAGUGCAUACAAAAUUUCAAUAAGUUUGCGAAUAUAUGUAUAAAUUUACAUACAUAUGUAUGUAACUAUAAAUAAAAAUUAAAGUAUAACGAGAGGUAGCGAAAAAUCAGCUACUGCAAUUGUGUGGCAAAGUUUUGUGCAGUUACUACUAGUGCAGCAGUUUUUUUUUUGCAUGAAAACGAAAUGUCACAAGAAAAAUCAAUUUUCUGGCGAUCUCCCUACUUCUAACUAUCAUCCAUAUACAAUAUAUGUAAAUGGAAACCUCCUAAAAGGGUUGAGCACCUAUUUUACAACUGCUGAAACUUAUUUUCAACGUAUGCAUUUGGAAUUAAAGUAACAUUUAAAUUAAUAAGAAAAAAUGGAAAAAUCGCAGUAGCUAAUAGAAUAGUAAAUUCUUACAUGCAGGCGAGCCCCAAAGAAGCACUGCCAAGCCGGCUGUAAAAAUUAUAAUUGGAAAAAGUGAAUGCAGUGCAGUGACGUGCUGCAAUACAGCUUUGCUAAUUACUCGACUACUUUGUAAGCGCAUACGCUCGCCCUCCUGUUUGCCUGCCUGCCCGUUAGCCUGCCUACAAUAAAAAAAAAACCAAAAAAAAAAUUAAUAAACAAACAAACAAGUCACUAAUAUACAUAGAGAGUCAGCAAAUAACUACUGAAACAACAAUAGCAAAAACAACAACAACAAAAAGAACAGCAAACGACUUAGCAGCGUUUCAAUCAAUUCAAUUCAACCAUCAAUUCAUCGCUAUUCAUAGCAAUAUAACCGAGAGUACGCUCGAACGCAGUCUGUCGACGUCAUCGUCAUCGUCGUUAUCGUCGGCAGUUUGUCAACAAAUUCACACACACACAUACAUUUAAGCGCAUAUGUUAUUUCUUGUUGUGCAUAGCAGCGGAUCUCUAUUCUAAGUUGAUUUGUGCACCUUUGGCUUCUACAAACGUUAGCCAGUUUCUUCGUGCACAGUUCGUCGUUUGACGUGCAAUGGCAACAUGGACAACGAGCAGCCACAUCAGGAAUUAGUCAAGUGCGUACUGGUCGGUGAUACUGCCGUGGGGAAGACGCGUUUAAUUUGCGCACGCGCAUGCAAUAAACAUGUUUCGCUGUCACAGUUGCUUUCAACACAUGUGCCCACCGUUUGGGCUAUUGAUCAGUAUAGAAUCUACAAGGAUGUACUGGAACGUUCUUGGGAGGUAGUGGAUAGCGUAAAUGUAUCGUUACGUCUCUGGGACACAUUUGGUGAUCAUGAUAAAGAUCGAAGAUUUGCUUAUGGACGAUCAGAUGUCGUACUGCUAUGCUUCUCUAUUGCCAGCCCCAUAUCGUUACGCAAUUGCAAAGCAAUGUGGUAUCCAGAGAUACGUCGCUUCUGUCCAGAUGUGCCCGUCAUUUUGGUAGGAUGCAAAAACGAUUUGCGUUAUAUGUAUCGUGAUGAAACGUAUCUCUCGUAUUUUGGCGAACGAAGCACCUUUGUACGUGCUGCACUAAAAAGUGACCUCGUUAUGCCGGAUGAAGCGCGUGCCGUUGCGAAAGAACUGGGCGUUGCCUAUUACGAGACGAGCGUUUUUACAUAUUUCGGUGUGAAUGAAGUAUUCGAGAAUGCCAUACGUUCGGCGUUGAUUGCGCGCCGACAGCAACGUUUCUGGAUGACGAAUUUAAAGAAAGUGCAAAAACCGUUGCUGCAGGCACCAUUCCGACCGCCCAAACCGCCACCACCAGAAGUCACCGUAGUGGUGGGCAAUUACAGACAAGACAUGUACAACAUGUUAAUUUCGCAAACCCACACGGAUCUCAUACUGGUGGUGGGUGCGAGUAAAUUUCCGGUGCAUCGGUUUAUGCUCGCUGCUGCGUCGAACAUCUUUUAUCGGCUACUGAAUACAGAGCUAACCGAUAUGGGUGGUAGGAGUAGUAGUGAAUCGAGUAUGGUGAGUUCCACAUUUGGCGAAGCGACCACAGCGGACUUUAACGACGACACUGAGUGCCUCAUAAGGCAUGAAUCGCGUACACAAAGAAUGUGGGAACAGCUGAAACGGCGUUCCAGCUAUCAGGCCUUACCGCUAAUCGAAACCAAAAAGCCCAGUGAUCUCUAUAAGGACCUGCAUCAUCCCAUAUUUCAAAAUAUACGCUUAGUGCAGAUGGAAAAUACGCGUGGCAUCAACGUAACACAAACAAUUGUCACACUGACAAAACUCAUAACACCACAAGCGUUGCAACAGUGUCUGCAAUUUAUUUAUACCGGCACAAUUGAAAGAGAAUUUCACAAUUUGCAGGAAGUUAAACAAGCUGCUGAUUUCUUAGAACUGCCUCAAUUGACUGUAUUACUUUCCAAGCCACAAACACUUUUAGCCAGUUUAAACGAUGAACCAAAUCAACAUUUUUGUCUUAGCAUUAAAGAGAAUAUGGAGAAGCAUUGUAUUGGCGAUGGCUGUUUCAGUGAUGUCACCUUUGAGCUGGACGAUGGACAGAUGAAGGCACAUCGCGCUAUAUUGGUUGCACGCUGUGAUGUUAUGCGCGCCAUGUUGGCCGGCGACUUUCGUGAGGCGCACUCGAGUGUGAUCGUUUUUCCCGGUGUCACGAUUUACACGUUUCAUAAGUUACUCUGCUAUUUAUACACAGAUGAAAUACCGCCAAUUUCCGCAGAUAAGUGUUUAAAUCUUUUGGAAUUGGCAAAUCGUUUGUGUUUGCCAAGAUUAUUGAAUUUGGUGGAGUGUCGUGUGAUUGAAGACUUAACGAUGAUAUCGCAGAAUGAAACGAAUGAGACAGUCGAUCAUUGUCUCAAACUACUGGAGCCGGUGAAGCUGCACAAUGCCCAUCAACUGGCCGAAUGGUGUAUGUCUUACCUGUGCGUCAAUUACAAUAUAAUAUGUAAAUACUCACUCAAAGGCCUCAAAGCACUGCAUCAGGAUAAUCAAGAGUAUUUACGUGAACACCGUUGGCCACCAGUAUGGUAUUUAAAGGAUUACGAUUACUAUCAACGUUGCAUAAAUGAAAUGAAUAAGGAAUUAAAGAAUUCACGUCGUGAUUCGCGUAGUGAUGACGAAGGUUGUCUCUGUUUUACGGGCGUGUUCUCUUGGCUAUUAGGCAGCAGCAAUGGCGGCAAAUCGAAGCGUGGCAACGAUCCCAAUGGCAAUGGUGGCAGCGGCACCGCUGAGCAUAGCACAACCGAUAAUCAAAUCUUCAAUAGCACAGCGAAUUCGAUGAAUCACAUUGACUUGGAGGCGGCCGAAGUGGACUUGAAUCUCUGACAUCCAGCCAUCGGGCACAGAAGAUCACUGCGUUUCAUUGUGAUUCUGCCCGUGCUGAUUUGUUUCAUUUGUACAAUUUUAAGUAUUUUAAUAUUAUUUCAAAUUUACACAUAACAAUACCAAAAAAAUUGUUAUAAGCGUAAUGCAAUUAAUGCUAAAAGUAUUUUUUCUAUUAAAUUGUUAAAGGUAAUCUAAUUACAAUCACAAUUAUAAAUUUAAGCUGGAACAAUAUGGCCAUCCGCAUUCGGUUAUCUAUAAACUGCAUAGGUUAGUUUUAAGAUUUGCAGUGAGUGCUGUGAAGGAUCUGAUCGUGUUUUCAAACACUUGAGUCAGUCGUAAGAGAAUUUUGGGUUUGGUGACAUAUUUCGGUUUGUAAAGCUUGACAGAGUUGUCCUAUUUGUGACAGAUGUUGCUCAUUUUGAAGUGUGGACUUAUUGUGAAUUGAGCUGUCAUCUUUUUUUCUUAAGAAAAGAUGUAGAAAAAUUCGAAGCAGUUGCAUUUUGUUGAACUGCGAAUAAUUUUUUUUUACCAUACAAAGUUAUGGUGCACAACUUAGGGGUCUUACUGUAUCUCUAUACCCUCAGUUUCAGUAUUGGUGGGAAUAUUUUAACUUGUUACACUUACGACAGUGGGCAGAUAGCAAUAUAUACCAUGCAAAAAAGCAGUAAAAGCAACAACAAUAUCAAAUGUUGGUGUAAUGCGCAUAUGCAACAGCAGCAGCAACAAGAAAACAACAAAAUCAGUAUGCAACAAAUUGCAAAAAUAUGACCAAUACAACAAAUAACAACAGCAAAAAAAAAAAAACAAUUUAUAUGAAAAAAUCAAAAAGAAGCAAAAAAAAAACGUAAAAGCAAUUCAACUGGUCUUACGCCAAGCAGUCUGAGAAAGCGAAAUUUUUAAAUAAACUAAGAUCAAUAUUAAUUUUUCAGAAAAAAAUCUUUUUCAAAAGCAAGCUAUGCAAUAAAUUAUAACAUUUAAUUUUCUUUACUUGACUACAACAAUGAAAUCAAUUACUAAAAAACACCAGUAAAUUAUGAGCAAUAUAUACGUAUAUAUGUAUAUAUAUAUAUGUCCCCAGUGAAGCAAAGCCACAUAACAUACAUGCUUACACGCAACUUCAAGUAGCAAAAAUUGAGGGUAUACUGCAAGCACACGCCAUUGAAAAAAGUGGAAAAUGUGGAGAAGCGCUAAAAAUAGGGAAACUAUUGUCUAGCCAUUAGUCAUGUAAGCGAAACACAAAUUUCUAAGCGAGCAAAGAUAAUACACACACAUACACUAGGUACAUGCUUACAUAUAUAAAUAUUUAUAAAAAAUAAAAAAAAUUAUUGAUUUAGUAACAAAUAUGCUAAUUAUAACUGUAAUAGGCAUAGGAAGUAAAAAUAAUAGAAAACUAAGUUUAGUGCCAGCCAGCCUAACACAAAACGGAGCAAUUCUUAACUUUAGAUGACAUAGCAUAUGUAUGUAUUUACACAAGUACAUAUACAAUAUAAAAAAUAUUUGCAAUAAAUAAUAAAAGCAAAAAAACAACUGUUGGGGGUUUCUAAAAUUGUAAGCGCUGCUGUUAAAUAAGUAUAAAAAUUAGAAAAUGCACUUAAAUUGACUAAAUGCAGAUAAAAAAAAACAUUAAACAAAUUUUUUUGUUUAAAUUAUGCAGUAAAUUUUUUUACUAAAUUUUAAAAUUUAAUUAUGCGACAUAAAAGAAAUAAUGCCUUUUUAUGUUACACUAGAAAGCUCUUUCGCCUAAAAUUAUACAACAACUGCGCGUACACAAAAUAAAUAGAAGAUAAAAACGAAUUAAAAAUAUUAAAUUUUGUUAUGCUGUAAAGUUUUUGACUAAAAUUAAUAAUUAUGCGUCUUAUUGCAUACAAAAAUUAAUGCUGUUGUUUACUAAAGUUUUUAGGCCUACACCAAAAUAGCGCUUUCGCCUAAAAUCGUGAACGGCAAAUUUUGUAUAAGUAUUUCGAAAUAUUAUAUCUUAAAUCAAUCAUUUCAACAAUCUAAAUACAAAUUUUUAUCGAACAAGAUUUUUUGUGAACAUUUUUCUUACAACUACUGUAAGUUCAUUGUCUCUUCGUUUCACAACACGAACUCGCUGGCGAGGUUCGAAAAUGCCAUCAAUUAUAAAAUUAUAAAUGUAUAACUACAGCUUAAAAAAUAAUUUUCAAUAAUUUUUUCUUCAGUAAAGUUUUAGUACUAUCACUAUAUACACUCCUUGUUCUAACCUCACUUUUGUUAUAUUUUUCAACAGACAUAUACAAAGCGCUCACAAUAGAUACCCCUAAGAAAUAAAAUAUUAACAAAUAAUACUUUAUAAAUCUAUUUGAGUCAACAUUAUGCUGAAAGCACAAAGCAAAGUUGUUGGAACCUAGUCAAUCUGCCCAAAAAAAAAUUUUGAAACAUUAAAAUCAUAUGCCGAUAUAGUUGUAAAUAGCUAAUAAAUUAGUAUACGCCAACAAAGAAUGCAUAAAAAAUUUCAAACAAAACAAAAGUGAUUUAUAAAUACAUAAUCUAGUAAACAAAAAGUUUCAUUAUUAGUAAUAAAAAAUAAUAAUAAUAAUUUAAUAACAUAAAAAAUUAUAUUUAAAAAAAUAAAAUAAAACACAAAAAUUUCAUAAAAAAUAAAAUAAUAAUUUAAUAAAUAAAAAAAUUAUUACUUAAUAAAUAAAAAAAAUCAUAAUAAGUUAACUCAAAGCGUACUUUUAACAUAACAAGACACAUAAAAAAUAAGCUUCACUAACAAAUACACUCAUAAAAAUUAUAAAGAAAAUCAUAAUUUGCAAGACGGCUGGUUACUGACACAAAAAUUAAUACAAAUUUGUACUAGAAACCUCUAAUAACCGUUUCUCGGAACUGAUUCGGGUAUUAAAAUUGUUUCUAUUAAGCGCUGCUGUAUGUUAUGCACCAUAUUGUUUGAAGUUCAACAAGAAGACUGCUUUCGGCUAUAGGAAAUAAAUUAAAAAUAAUAUAAAAAAUAUUUCGCUGCUUUCAGCUUGUGUCAGCAAUCAGCGGUGUGGAAAAAGCUCCAUAAGCUAAGUUUACGAGUAUAAUGUGCGUUCCUAAAUACUUGUACACACAUAUGUAUGUACAUAUUAGGGUGUCCGUUAUUUCCGAAGUCUAUUUGGUUUUUUUUAACGCGCCUUGAAGUUUCAGUUUUUUAACUAAAAUAAAAAAUAAGAUUCAAACGUAAACAAGCACUUUAUUUUCAAGGUAUGGUAAACCGUGCCUAAAUCAUUUAACUUUUACUAUGUGUUGUAUAACAUGGAAUUUUUUAACAUUUUGUAUUAAACAAGUAAACCCACAACCUUGAAAAGUUCACAUUCUAAUACAAAAUUUUUCACUCUUCAAAAAAGGUCUUGAUAAUUUUUUUCAUAAAAGCACUAUUUUAAAAGUUGAGCGCAAUUAAAGUUACAUAUACAUCAAAUGACCUGAGCAUGCAUACAAUUAAUUUCCACAUUCUGUGUUGCUCAUACGUCAUGGUGUACUAUAUGUAUACAGUACAUUUCAUGCAUAACUUUAACUGCGUAUAACUUUUAAAACAAUGUUUUUAAGAAAAAAAUGAAUAAAAUAUUUUUUGUAGAGUGGAAAAUUUUGUAUUAGAGUAUUACUUUUUCAAAGUUUUAGAUUUGUUUGUUUUGAAGUUAAAAAAAAUGAUUGCAAAAGAUCUAAAAAUCUCAUCUAAAAUGUAUGAGAAAAGUAAAUUUUUUAAAAACGGUUUAAAUUAAAAAUAAGAAGCUGUUUUACGAAACAAAAAAACUUUUUAAGAAAAAAACUGAAGUUACAGCGUGCGUUUAAAAACAAAAAAAAAACAAAGCAACUUGGUAAAGAGUAGACACAUAUGGCACACAUAUGUAUGUACAUAUAUGCACGUACAUACCAUCUGAUUCAAUCGCUUAUAAUUAUGAUUAAUCAAUUCACACUCGCACACAAACACAUACACAAGUACACACUUAGUGUACUUAUCAACACUCAUCGAUCGACUCAUACGGCCUAGCAAUAUAUAUACUGUUCUAGCGUUAGUUUUACUAUUAAUGAAAAUUCAAAUAUUUAGUAUAUACAUACAAGCAUACAAUUAAUAUAAAAUAAUAUAUAUAUAUACAUAAACAUAGAGAUAUAUGAUAUAAAAAAAUAAAAUUGAAAUAUUUUUAGCGCAUAUUUUUGUAUUGUAUAAAAUUAUAAUUAUUAUUUUACUUAGUUACUACGUAUGAAUUACGAAACUAAAUAAAUUGAACUUUGAACAUUUGAAAAUAAGCUGAAUAACAGAACAUAAAUAACAGAACAUAAUAAAAUGUUAUAAAACAAAAUUUUGCAGUAUGAAAAGGUAAUAUCUUGAAAUUAUGUACACGUGCAAUAAAUAAAAAGAAUAAUAUGAUGAACAAAUUGCAAGAUUCUGCUUUAAUUUGUCGGUAUAUGAAUAACAGUAUAUAGUUUUUUGUUUAUUAAAUUUUUAUUUUAGUGUAUUAUUAAUGUUUUUCAGGUUUUUUAUUCUGUCACAAUAAAAAGUUUAACAAAAAAAAUUUAAAUAAUAUUGAUAUUAAAAUUAAGUUUGCCAAGCAGUUUCUAACAUCCAGACGGAAACUAUAUAAAAUAUUUACAUAUGUAUUUCUGAGUCGAGUUAGCCAUGUCCGUCUGUAUAUACGCAUACUAGUCCUCAGUUAAGAUAUCGCUUUACAAUUUUACUCACAUCCUUUUCUAACCAAGAAGCCGCUCAUUUGUGGGAACCGCCUAAAUAGGAUCACUAUAGCAUCAUAGAGCAAUUAGUAGGAAAUUUUUUUAUUUAUGAAGGUUACUCUCGCUUUGGUGCAAGCGAAGUUAACGUUUUCUUGUUUUUUUUUUUUUGUUUUAGGUUUAGGUUUUGUAAGCUUCAUUGCCAAAAUUAUAUAGUGUUUAUUUAUAUACAUAAUAGCGUUCGUUAUAUUUAUUGGUGGUGGUGAGAACUAUCUAUUUAAUAUAUUUCUUACUUCAAGUCAAAAUUUUGUAGCUAAUAAAUUUGUCUUAAAAAUCCUUGUUAGAAACAUGAAUAUUUUCUAGUUUUAUAUGCACAUUUUUUAAUAUUUUCCAUUACUAAGCAUAAGGUACUGCAUGUAUUUAAGAGCAGGUAAAACAACGUAAUAACAGUCAACAGUAUUUGAAAGCUUAUGUAACCCCCCAUUUGCUUCAUACGUUCGACACAAAUCACAAAGAGAUGAAGCUUGUUCAAGCGUCGCUGAAUAAAAUGUAUAAACCAAUUGUAUAUAUAUAUAAAUUUUUUUAUUUAUUAAUUUUUCAUGACAAUUUUCGCCCUAACCUUUUAACUUAAGAUAAAAUACGAAAUCAGUGCAGUAAAUUUCUAUUUCUUAUAUCAAAUAUUAUUAUUAAAAAAUUUACUACUUUUUGGCCUACAGAUUUUUUGUCAAAUAUUCUACAAACCUAUACUCCGUAGUCGCAUUAACCUUUUAGGAACACCAACAAUUUCUUGUAUUCAAUAAACAUUAACAUAACAUAACAUUUAAACACAUAUUCUGUAUUUUUAAUGAAUUUUGUUAAUAAAAAUAAAUCUCAUACAAUAAAUUUGACCAUAAUAAAUCUUACAAUCUCUGCAAACGUUAAGUCUACAUGUAAUUAAACAUGAUAGCUGAUUAAAAUUUCUUUAGAAAAUACACGCGUAAUACAUUUAAAGUCAAAAUACAAUGUAUUUAAGUAUAAAAUCUUAAAAGUAAAUUAAAGUAAGUACCAAUGAAGUGUGUUUAUUGCGUAGGUCUUUUGUACACAAACAAAAAAAUUUAGAAUAAGGAAAGAGUUUUAAUGUACAACGUGAUUUAGAGCAAAUAAACUUGAAAUAAAAAUUACAA